AUGGAGAUGUCGGAGGAGCUCCUCCAGUGCGUGGGGAGGUUGGAGAUCGCCAGUCCCAAGCCCGUCGGUUUCCUAUGCGGUACCCUUCCAGUUGUCGCCGAUGCCAUGUCCUUCUCGCUCCCGCAUUCCGCGCUUGUCCCUUCAUCGUCCCAAACGUAACAUGAUCUCUCUUCUCGUUCCACCGGUUCCUGUUCUCUCCUUGAUUUAGUUUCUGGAUUUGUUGAUUUGUUUUGCUCGUACCGUUGACAGGAUGGCGGCUCCACGCUACCAGAUGCUGCCGACGGAGACCGACCUUAAUACUCUUCCUCUGCUUCCAAAUAUCCCGGAGAAGGUCUUUCAUGCCUCUGCCAAAGCGGGUCCGGCUUCUAGUCUCUCUCCGCUCUUAUCCUUUUUAUUUAUACGCUUCCUCACGCUCUCCAUUGUGAAUUUUCUGAAAUUUUAAAGGAAAAUUUUGCGAUGACAUGGCCCAAAUGUACGUUGGGGCCACCAACCUCCGAAACGACCAGUUUUAGGGGGGACUUCCGUUGCUGAAUUCUUCCUUCUACUAAUUUUGUGUCAUUUUAAGGGCAAUUUGUGCAAAGUGAUUGCGUUAUCCAUGCUUUCGGUAUACUUCCAGACCCUGCGUAACCCUCUAAUUGGAAUCGAUUGCUUCCAUCUCAAUUCUUGGGGGCUUUAAUAUCAAUAACCGAAGGACUCAAUGACCGAAGGACUCAAUGACAGAAGGAGUCCUGUACCAGACUUUUAUGGAAAUAAUAUAGAAGAAAUCUUUAGUGUAUACAUUUAAAUCUGAUGGUACCUCAUAUUAAUAAACUAGAUGCGAGAAACAAUUAAAGGGACACACUAGUACAAUGAGCUUUGAAAACCGUCCCAUGCAAGAGCUACAGAAAUAAAUCUAAGGCAGCCCCUUGACAGGAGCUAAAAAUGCCCUGGAACGGUAACAGGAGCCCCUUCAUUAGAAUCCUUAAACAUAUGAAAGAAAGAUUUCUACCACCUGAACAUGCAAAUUGCUCUGCUCAUUCCACCUAUUUCAAAGGAUUCCGUGGAGGAUAAGAUGCCAUGUUUUAUGAUCCCCUUUCCCUAGCUCGUUAAAACAUCUCCCAACUCCUAGAAGCUGUCAACUAAUUGCUGUUAGAGAAUCCGUCAUAUAUUUUUGUGAAAUGGAGCACUGUAGGAACAAUUGAUAUAAUCAUCAUCAGCAGCAUACUGAAGGCAGCAUGAAGUAUCAGUGUUAUCUGAAUGAUGAGCUAGUUUAUUGCUAAUAUAAAGACCUCAGUUGAAAUUCUUUACUACUUUCGAUGAGAUUCGAAAAAAAUCUCAGACUAAAUAAUGGACUUUGGAAUAAAACGUGUAUAUACGAGAAAUAUUCAAAAUUCUUCCGAUCACAGAGGUUCUGAGUGAAUCCUGGUGUAAAAUUACGAUAAAGAGGAGCAUGUAGAAUAUUAAGGCAAAUUACAGGGGCAUCAUCAUUCUAUGGAUGGACUAUCAUCAGUUGAAGUGAUUUUUCCAGUUGAACAAUUGAUGAAAUGAUUUUUUGAGGGGAAGAAUGAUCUUUGUUUGCGUUUUUUUCCCAUUUGGAUGAAGCACAUAGUAUAGGACAUUAUUUGAUUGGUGUUACGAGGAGGGAUCCACUGAUGUAAGAGCAUUCAGUUGAAGAACAAAUGAUUUUUAACUGCCUUUUUUUUUCAUCGAAGAUCAAUGGCAUGCCUUUCUAUCUUUCUGUUUUUGUUACACGGUCAAAAAGUAUUCAGUGUAUCAAUUAUUUGCAAACAAUGAGGUUUUGGUGAACUAAGAGAGCUUAUAAAGAAUCUUCCUUGCGUUCAAUGUUUGGGGCAAUAUUUUCACUCCCAAGGUAAGAAUUCCCAGUCUUUUUUUCCUUCAUUCUGUCAUUUAUCCUGCCCCGAGUUUGCCAGUUUGGUAGCACACCUCCUAGAAAAAGGAGCUUCCACUGAUAUCCAGUAUUCAAUGGUCCAGAUCGUCCUUCAAUGCUCUUUUGUCAUCUUUUGAGUUUCUUCCACUGCAUUUUUCUUGUUUAUGACUAGAAGGGGACUAUCUGCUCGGGACAGUAUGGGGACUGACCUAGUUUAAGUGCAUUUUCCGUUUUGUGACAAUCUAUUUCCAAGGAAAGAAAAAAUUAUCGUAAAGGUGUGGCAUUAGAAAUUUAGAUCUGUUUGUGUAUUAUAAGUUUUUGUGAAAGUGGAACCUGCAGGAUCGCACCUGAAGUGCUUAUUAUGCUAGAAGGGUAUGGGAUAUUUACACAAAUUGCUGAAAAGUAUUUGCUCCAGCAGAACGCAUGAAAGCUUAGUCGUGGACGCAUUUAUAAUUUUUUAAUACCUCUUCAGUUUCUCCUUGUGUAAAUAAUUUUUUUUAUGCUUCUGCAGAUUUGCAUUGGGAAAAUGGUUCAGUCAAUCAUAAUCUUUCUAGAAAAUGUGAGUCACUGGCUGUAUCUGGCCUUACAGAGUAUGAUGAUGAGAUAGAUGUUGUGGCCCCAACCGAUAUAAUGAAGCAAAUUUUUAAGAUACCUUACUCUAAAGCGCAGUUAUCUAUUGCUGUUCAUCGAAUUGGGGAUACUCUGAUCUUAAACACAGGGUAUGCUGUUGUCCAUUCUUCUGUACUAUUUGUUGACGUUUAAAAUCAUUUUCUUAUAGCUUUCUGAGUAAUGACAGGCCUGAUGUGGAAGAGAGUGAGAAGAUGUUUAGAAGACAAACCAAUCAAUCAAAAAGUCCUGAUUCCUCGAUUUUCUUAAACUUUGCUAUGCAUUCAGUCCGAGCUGAGGCUUGUGAUUGCCCACCAAGUCAUCAUGCACACUCAGGAAGCACAGGCUCUACAUUCCUGCCUGGACAAUUAGGACAUGGAGAUGGUAACUUUGUGUCUUCGCCCAGUUCUCAUAUUGGGAAGGGGCAAUUUAUUGGUCAGAGUGUCAAAGGUAGUCGCUCUGGUGAGUACUCAAAUAGCCGUCAUGAAAAAUUCUUUUGGGACAGCAAGAACAAGCCAACCAUUAAGAAAAAGGGACCUAUUCAAAAAGCUUCAAUGGUUGGCGAGAAGACCAGGUGCCCAGUUCAAGAUACGGAUAAAUGCAGGGAGAUUGGGAAUAAUGGUUUUCAAAGAGUUUUGUUUUGGCAAUUUCACAAUUUUCGGAUGCUUCUGGGAAGUGACUUGCUUGUAUUCAGUAAUGAAAAAUAUGUUGCAGUGAGCUUACACUUGUGGGACAUUGCUAGACAGGUAAUAAUUUCGUACCAUGAGUUCUUCAUGAGCUACAUAAUUGUUUCCUCUUAUGUUUUUUUGUUAAUUCUGAUAGGUUACUCCAUUGACGUGGCUUGAAGCUUGGCUUGAUAAUGUCAUGGCAAGUGUUCCUGAGUUAGCAAUUUGUUAUCAUCAAAAUGGUGUUGUCCAAGGGUAUGAACUUUUGAAGACAGAUGACAUAUUCUUACUCAAAGGGAUAUCUGAAGAUGGCAUUCCAGCAUUUCAUCCACAAAUUGUUCAACAAAAUGGCCUUUCAGUGUUGAGAUUUCUCCAGGACAACUGCAAGCAAGAUCCUGGUGCAUAUUGGGUAUAGCUUUUCGAUUUCAUGGCAUGAUCAUUUUGCUAUCUGCUGUUGUCUGAAAAGUUAAAUAUCAUUUUACGUGUCAUCUUUCUCUAUAUGGAUGACGCCACCUCUUUGUUCUCUUCCAAUUGUUUACUGUUUCCUAUUUCGAUUACAAUUUAGCCUUUUGGUUUACAUUGUCAGCUCUAUAGAAAUGCUGGGGACGAAGUUUUACAGCUUUUCAAUUUGUCGGUGGUACCUGAGAAUCAUUCACCCACAGCUCAUGACUCAGGUAGUCCUUUGUCAUCACUGAUGCAUGAGUGGAGGAGGAAUUCAUUAUUCUCCCUAGGAACUGUCUUGUGCCGCAUCGGACAUAGGCUGUCACUUUCAAAGGUAUCGAAAAACAAAAUCGACUCAGUUUACUUGUGAACCGUGAUUGAUUGUGUUCAAUAUAUUGUAGUCAACUUAAUUGCCCAUUUUUUCACAGCUAGCUGAUAACAAAGCAAAGUGUGCAAAAUUCUUCAAGAAGUGUUUGGACAUUAUGUGUGAGCAGCACCACUUGGUAUGCAGAUUCGGCACACAUUGAAAUUUUUAAUAUUUUUACAUUUCUACUGUUCCUUAUGAUGAACUGACGUUCAAACACAGGUUUUCUGUGCACAUGCUCAUGAACAAUUCGCCAGGCUCAUUUUGAAUUCUGAGGAGGAACUGGAUUUGACAACAGAAUCUUUUCUUCUUGAGUCUGCAGUCACAGUCACUGAUGUGGAAGAUGACUUUUCUGUGUCGUCUGGGGGAAUGUUCGAAUCAAGCGCUCAAUGUCAUUCGCCAAUGUGCAGGGAUAUGACUUUUAAUGAAGUCAAAUUGUCUGCGGCACCUGAUGUAUCUGGGUUGUUGAGAAUGGAAGGAAACUUAUCAAUGAAAAGAGACGAAGAUGGCUUUGAGUUAGCUGAUAUGGAAGAUUCGAUGGUUUCUGUCCCAGGGAGAAUACAUGACCUGGCUGUGUCCCAGAUAUCUCCACCGCCGGCACACUUGGUCCAGACUGUUACUGAUCCAGUCUCUUCUAAGUUGGCUGCAAUUUACCACCUAUCUCAAGCUAUAAAAUCUCUCAGGUGGCAGCGCCAACUACAAAAUGCUGGACAUUCGCUUGACGAUGGCAACGAAGUUCAUGAUAGAUUACCGCCUAGCUCUUUCUCUGUAUGUGCUUGUGGUGACACUGAUUGUAUUGAAGUGUGUGAUAUUCAAGAAUGGUUACCCAAGUCAAGGAUGGAUGGUAAAAUGUGGAAACUUGUUCUUUUGUUGGGAGAGUCUUAUUUGGCCCUUGGAGAGGCGUAUAAAGAUGAUGGCCGGCUAGAUCAAGCUCUUAAAAUUGUUAAACUGGCAUGUUCUUUGUAUGGAUCUAUGCCUCAACAGCUAGAAGGCUCUCAGUUUAUUUCAUCAAUGGUUAGCAGCUCAUCAUCAUAUACAAACUUCGGAAAUGGUUACAGGGGAACAGAUUUCACCAUAGACAAUUUGCGGGAUUUGAAUUCCGAUCUCAUGGAAGAUUACCCUUCCUCAAAUAAUUUUUCAGCCAAAUAUUUGUUCUGGUCUAAGGCUUGGAUGCUUGUUGGAGAUGUAUAUAUUGAGCACCAUAGGAUAGCGAAUAAAGCUAUACCAGUAAGAGAAGAAAGUAAAACAGUGGACUCUAAAUUAUGUGUGUCAGAAGAUGUUAUUAAAGAGGUAAAAAGGCUUAAAAAGAAGCUGGGUCAAUCCGAGGAAAAUUGCAGCACUUGUUCACUGAUAAAUUGUAGCUGCAGGAGUGACAGGGCAACCAGUGGAAACAGCGCUAGUAGUAGUUGUGGAGAUGCUGCCUCCCGUGUCUUUGGCAGGCAAAAUAUCGGGAAACCAAAAAUGAAGACGUGUAAGCGAGCAUCAUUUUCAAAGUCAGGAGAGGGCAAUUCCAAGGGCAAAACAGUGAAAACCGAUGUCUCUGGAAGUGAGCACUGGCAGAUACCUAAAGAGAGAGACAGACAUCCUUUUUCAUCCGUAGCUUUCAAUAUCGAAGAGGAUGAGCACACUGUGGAGACCUGCGUAGAAUCUGGGUUUGAAGCUGAUAGUAAAGAUGUACCUGAGGUGAAGAAUGGUGGCAUUUUCAGGUUUCUUGUGAGUCCCAAAGUUGGAGACGUUGAACACAAUCUCUUGGCUGCCAUUGGCUGUUAUGAUGCUGCCAGGGAGGCAAUGGAGGGUUUUCCUGUUAGUCCAACAGAAUUGCAGUUUGUUGUUAAAAAAGCAGGAUGGGUCUUUAAUGAACUGGGAAGGCAUAGACUUGACAGAGGAGAUCUUCUCCGUGCUGAGCUAUCUUUUGCAGAUGCUGUAAAAGCAUUUAGAAAAGUAUCUGACCAUACGAAUAUCAUACUAAUUAACUGUAAUUUAGGUCAUGGCCGAAGAAGUUUGGCUGAGGAACUGGUAUCUAAAAUGGAAGUGCUCGGCGAGCAUGGUUAUGGAUACAAGCAACUGAUGAAAAGUGCGAAAAUGGAGUACACCAAAUCUCUGAAAUAUUAUGAAGCUGCCAAAGUUGAGCUGAAUGAAAUUGGCGAAGGGCCUGAUCCACUGUUAAGAAAUGAAGCGCUUACCCAAUUAGCUCACACAUAUCUACGCUUUGGUAUGCUAUUAUCUAAGGAAGCUAUUUCAAGAGAUAUUCAUGGAAAGGUAUUUUCUGAAGAGUCGUCAUUCAGUCACCUUGGUACUAAUGAGAGAAUCAAAUUAGGAAAACACGACAUAUCCCCAACAGAUGCGUUUGGGCAUGCUUUGGCGUUGUAUGAAUCGCUGGGUGAAUUGAGAAGGCAGGAGGCUGCUUUUACCUAUUUUCACUUUGCGUGCUAUCACAAGGAUUUCUCUUUGAAGCUCUUGGGUACAAAUCAGAAGCAAACGAAACAUUCAAAAAUUGGAAAUAGUAACCAUCAAAAGUCUAGGCUGCAUGCUUAUUUAGCAGAGAGUAACUGGCAGAAGUCUUUACAUUUCUAUGGUCCAAAGAGUCACCCUGUUAUGUAUCUGAAUAUCCUAUUAGAGCAGUCAAUACUGUUAUCAACCCUCUCUGGUUUUUUUAACACAGCCGAGGUAUGUGAGCAGGUUUUUCUUGGAUGUUUACUUCAUUCCCCUGUUUGUUUUGGUAGAACACGUAAUGAAUUUCCUGUUAACCUUGCAUAUCAAUUAAUUCUUGUUGUAUGAGCUUUCCGUAUUAGUCAUAAACACAGGGGUUCUAUUUGUCAGACGGGUAAAUGGAUUGCAAAAAUCUCUUCGAAAUAAGAAUAUUGUCACAUUUGAGCUUUUUAGGGGCAAAAUGACUCGCUAUGCUCCCAUUUAUUUUGUUGAUAAGGUUUCUAUUGUGUCAUGAGGGCUCCAUAUCAUGGUUUGGCAAAAAGAAUGUUGUAUUUGGUUUGGAACGAUUAAUCUCUAGUGAUUGUUGAUGUCAUUUAUAAACCCACCAUCCGAAUCAUUUAAUUCUUGUGGGGCUGCUUCGAAUUUCAUAAGAGCUUGUGAAUUUUCCUUUAAUUAGUGUCAAAAAGGUAAAACCUGUUGGUUUCUCGAGGUUACCUUCAUUAAAGUCAAGGACAUCAAUGCAUUGUUAUAUUGAUGAAGCUUGUUCUCUGAAAUUUUAGCCUGCAUUUAAGUAAAAUUUUACUCAUCUUUAAUUGUAUUUGAGGCCGUUUUCCUAAAAGUUUCAUGUUGAUAUAAUUGUUUAUAUUUUUCCUAAUCAAGUGGAACUAACCAACAUCUCUUCUAAUUCAGAUGUUGGAAUCCGCUUUACAACAUAUGCUCGAAGGCCGCCAUGCAGUAGUAGAUUUUCAGUUUAGUGAAGGCGAACAAAUCCAGGAGAGGUUCCGGAAUCAUUUGCUGAUGCUUUUGAAAGGGAUGCUAGCGGCGGUGCGUUCAGGGAUCCCUAACCAGUCUGCAGCGGACAGGAGCGCCAUUGAUAACGUGGAGAAGCUGAAGGAGAUGUACAGGAUGUUGCUGAGGUCAGCUGGCCUGUGUCAAUUGCAUGCUAUGCAUGGACUGUGGAUCGCUCCGGAUUAA